CUCCUUCUCCCUCUCUCUGUCGUCUCUCUCUCUCUUUCUCUUUUACACUGAUUGAUUGAAGAAGAUGACCAACUUCAUCUCCUCCACAGAACCCAAAUGGCAAAUACCCAAAGAUGACCGCAACAAUUUCUUUCUCAUCUUCAAAACGAAAAACAUUUUCUGAACUAUAUUCAUCAUCAUUAAACCCCUUACUUCAUCUCCUCCUCAUCUCUCUCUCAAUUUUUUUUUUUUUUUUUUUUUUUAAGAAUUUCAAAAUCCUAAUAAUCCUGCACUCUCCUAACAGAUCUAUUCGAGGCCGUCAAUUGAUUAAUAACCAGUAUUGUUUUUGAAAAGGUUCAAGAAGUUAAAAAGGAACUUCAAUUAGUAUCAGAUCUUCCACAACAAUCUCCUGCUCGUCAUAAGUUUUUAGAUGAUUGUGAAGCUGCCAUUACUGAACAAAUCAAGUUCUUCUAGGGAAGCUAGCUUAGAGGAAAGUGGGACGGGCUGAGCUACUUAUGGAAUAUCAGCAUUCCCAACGACCAAGUACUCGGUGAAUAUAUUCAUUAUUGUACUGUCAGGAAACACAUGGUGGUCGUAAAGCACUACUUGAUAUUAGGGAGACAUUGUUUCAGAAAUAUAGUGGAGAACAUGAAUACUACUCUGCCCCAGUUGGAAUUAAUUAGUUCAUCAAACUAAAAGAUAAUAAAUAUUGUUUGUUUAUAACAUAUACAUAGCUGGCAAUCCGAUGAAGAUGGUGACAAGAGUACUUGAAAGAAAUAGAAAAUUUGAAAUCGUAAAAACCUCUUCCUUUUCUCUCCUCCACCACCCCCACCAUACUCUUUCUCGUUAGAUUCAUUUUAUUUUAUCUUCUUCUCUUCUCUCCCGAAUCUCUGCCCGAUUCUCUCUAGUACUUAUUCUUAAUCAAUCAUAACCUUGGUUCUCUCUGUAUCUAAGCUCUCGAGAUAUUCAAGAUUCAUUCAACCCUUUGUUUCAAGCAUUCAAAUGAUUGAAUGUAUUGAUUAAAACUCUUUUAUUCUUAAUCAAUACAUCAUAGAUUCAUUCAAUUAAAACCUUAGUCACUACAGAGUUAAGGUUAUCAUUUAAUGUAUUGAUUAGAAGUCUCUUAGUCUUAGUCAAUACAUCCAAGAUUCAUUCAAUCAUAACCUUAAUUCUCUCUGUAUCUCCCAAAUCUCCUCCUGAUUCUCGCUAGUUCUUAGUCUUAAUCGAUACAUUCAAUCAUCACCUGAAUUCUCUCUGUAUCUAAAUUCUACUUACAAUAGUUCUCUGAUGAGAUUGUUAUUGAAAAAUAAAAUAAUGAAGACAUCGAAGUUGUAGCAGCUAGCGUCUAGGCAAUUUGGAUCUACAACACAGUAUGUCAGUGCGGCGCCACAGACCACCCAUUAAGGGGCCGGUUUGGAUCAUUGCGUUGAUUUCUUUUAUUUGCCUCUUGCUAAUUGGCGCUUAUAUCCUUCCUCCAAGAGGAUAUUCAUUUUGUUCUGUAUUCUCUGGAGUCGGUUGUAAGUCUAUGUCGGAGUGGCUACCACUUACUCCUACCAGGGACUAUAGUGAUGCUGAGAUCGCAGCUCGUGGUGUCAUUAGAGAUAUCUUGCAGACACCUCCUAUUCAUACAGAGUCACCUAAAAUUGCUUUCAUGUUCUUGACUCCGGGCACAUUACCUUUAGAAAAGCUAUGGGAUAAGUUCUUUGACGGGCAUGAAGGCAGAUUCUCCGUCUACGUACACGCAUCUGAGGAAAGACCGGUACAUUUGAGUCGUUAUUUUGUCAACAGAGACAUUCACAGUGAGAAGGUAGUUUGGGGGACAAAUUCGAUGGUUGAUGCAGAGAGGAGACUUCUGGGAUUGGCUUUCCAAGACCCUGAUAAUCAGCAUUUUGUACUUCUCUCGGACAGUUGUAUUCCACUUCAUAAUUUCGAUUAUGUCUAUAAUUAUUUGAUGGAUACAAAUGUCAGUUUUAUUGAUUCCUAUGAAGAUCAUGGACCUCAUGGAUCAGCUGGCAGGUAUUCGGAGCCUAUGUUACCUGAAAUUGAAUAUAAGGACUUCAAGAAAGGUUCUCAGUGGUUCACAAUGAAGCGGCAGCACGUUAUGAUAGUCCUAUCUGACUGUCUUUACUACCCGAAGUUCAGGCUUUACUGCAGGCCAGGUAUGGAGGGGGAUAAGAAUUGCUACUCUGACGAGCAUUACCUCCAGACAUUCUUCAGUAUGAUGGAUCCUGCAGGUAUAGCGAAUCGGUCAGUGACUCUCACCGAUUGGUCUGAAAGGAAGUGGCAUCCGAGAGCUUAUCAUGCUCAGGAUAUUACCUAUGAGCUCCUGAAGAAACUUGCGUCUAUUGAUGAGAGUUUACACUAUACUAGCGAUGAACAGUUAGUGUUGGAUGAACCUUGCAUGUGGAAUGGGAUGAAGAGACCGUGUUAUUUGUUUGCUAGAAAAUUCUACCCAGAAACUCUGGAUAAUUUGAUGAAUCAUUUCUCCAAUUACACGACAAUUUGAGUUUACCAGUGACAACUGUUGGCAGAGUGUUCAGUUUCUGUUAUUUGUGUGUGUAACUCAUUUCAGAUUUAAUUUAAUUUUCAUUUCCUCUGCUCUGCUCUCCAA